UCAGUGCGUGGAGUUGCGCUGUGGGAGCCGUAGGUGGCUGAGCUCGCCAGGCAGCCUUGGUCUCUGUCUACGAACAGCCCGUGGGGCAGCCUCGAGGGCCGCAGCCAUGAACGGCACAGAAGGCCCCAAUUUUUACGUGCCCUUCUCCAACGUCACGGGCAUUGUGCGCAGCCCCUUUGAGCAGCCUCAGUACUACCUGGCAGAACCGUGGCAGUUCUCCAUGCUGGCAGCUUACAUGUUCAUGCUCAUCAUGCUGGGCUUCCCCAUCAACUUCCUCACGCUCUACGUCACCGUACAGCACAAGAAGCUGCGCACACCACUCAACUACAUCCUGCUCAACUUGGCUGUGGCUGACCUCUUCAUGGUCCUCGGAGGGUUCACCACCACCCUCUACACCUCACUGCAUGGCUACUUUGUCUUCGGCCCCACGGGCUGCAACAUUGAGGGCUUCUUUGCCACACUUGGAGGUGAAAUCGCCCUGUGGUCCCUGGUGGUCCUGGCCAUUGAGCGCUACGUGGUGGUAUGCAAGCCCAUGAGCAACUUCCGCUUCGGGGAGAAUCAUGCCAUCAUGGGUGUGGCCUUCACCUGGGUCAUGGCGUUGGCCUGUGCUGUUCCCCCACUCGUUGGCUGGUCCAGGUACAUCCCUGAGGGCAUGCAGUGCUCAUGUGGGAUUGACUACUACACACUCAAGCCCGAGGUCAACAACGAGUCCUUCGUCAUGUACAUGUUCGUGGUCCACUUCUCCAUCCCUCUGAUCAUCAUCUUCUUCUGCUAUGGGCAGCUGGUCUUCACAGUCAAGGAGGCCGCUGCCCAGCAGCAGGAGUCGGCCACUACCCAGAAGGCAGAAAAAGAGGUCACCCGCAUGGUCAUCAUCAUGGUCAUCUUCUUCCUGAUCUGCUGGCUUCCCUACGCGAGUGUGGCCAUCUACAUCUUUACCCACCAGGGCUCCAACUUUGGCCCCAUCUUCAUGACCAUACCGGCUUUCUUUGCUAAGUCGUCUGCCAUCUACAACCCCGUCAUCUACAUCAUGCUGAACAAGCAGUUCCGGAACUGCAUGCUCACCACGCUCUGCUGCGGCAAGAAUCCACUGGGAGAUGACGAGGCCUCUGCCACUGUCUCCAAGACAGAGACCAGCCAGGUGGCUCCAGCCUAAGCCUGGCCAGAGACUGUGGCUGACUGUAGGAGUCUCCUAUUCCUGGGGAGCCAGUGGGAUCUGUACCCCUCCCCUCAGCUUGUCUCUCAGGAACAUGACAAGUGUCCCGGCUUAGGGCUAAGUGUCUAGGACAGAAUGGAACACAUAGUAGCUGAUUAAUAAAUGCUAGCUGGAUGAAGGGAGGAAUGAGUGACUGAAUGGGUGGAUAUACGAAUGAAGAGAUUCAUGGAAGGGAACACAGAUGUCCUCAGGUGCCCAAUCUGGCAGAUCCAGUCAUGUUUGGCUGGAAUCUAUAAGCAGUUUUAUAUACCCGCCCUGGUUUUCUCCGCCCCCACCCUUACCCCAGAUGGUUCUCCCAAAUCUGGGGCCCUGAUAGAAUGUGGCUGCUAGAGAUGAUGGGGGGGGGGGAGCUGGGGGAGGGAUAGAGGGAGGGAGACACAGAAAAUGUGUGUGUGUGUGUGUGUGUGUGUGUGUGCAAACACUUUGCGUAUAAAGAGCACAGCUGGUAGUUGUGUUAUAAGUAACACCAACUAAUAUAAUUAAUUAACCAUCCUAAUGGUCUCUGCUUGUUAGUGACUGCUUGGGAAUUGGGCAAUGCCCAAGCACUCAGAUAAGGUAUUUCCCCCAGUCUCAGUAGGCUUUUGCAAAUGACCCAGGCCUUCAGCCUGUGCAGGGCUGGAGCUGGAUCACAGAGAUGACAGUGACAGCAAUGUGGGCUGCAACCGUUAGGACCGAGAACACAUUGAGACCAGAGGUCUCAGGCAAGGCCGAGGUCCUCCCUUCAGGAUGGAAACCUUGGCUCAUGUCUCUCAGCUUACUUGGCCUGUAGAGACCCAGCCCUUCCUCUUGGCUUCUGGAUAUAUUUGCUCUUCUACACCAGCAACCAUGUGGCAACAGUUCCAGGCCAGUAUGGAGUUUUAGAAGCCAUGCCAAUAUGCCCACCUUCAGGGAGCAGCUGAGUCCUUGAUGCCACCCUUGUUCUGAAGAGCUCAGAAACACAGUGCAAGACCUGACCAGGCCUCAACCUUAGGAUACUCAUGGAUCCAGUUCCCAGAUCCCUUGAUGGAUAUGCUGUUUUCCUUGGGAUUUGGUCUUUUCUUUAUUCCAGAAAGUUUUGGCUUUGAGGCCAACAGGAGCUCUGCAUGGGGACAAAGGCAAACAGAGGCAUUAAAAGCUCAGCUCCUACA